UGGGCACACUAAAUGUUUGAGUUUUGUUAACCGCAGCUGAGACAAAAAAAGGCGAAUUCAAGGUGAAGUAAUUGGCUUCAAAAUAACAGCUACUCGACUUUUUUUGAGGGGGAGGCGGCCUGAGUCACCACACUUAUAAAUACAGAAAUCAAGGAAAACUUGAAGAUGAGUGCCAAGACCAGGAGACCUGGAACUGGCAGCAGCCAGACGCCCAAUGAGUGCGUACAAGUGGUGGUCAGAUGUAGGCCCAUGAGCAACAGGGAACGCUCGGAGGGAUCCCCGGAAGUGGUUAACGUAUAUCCAAACAGGGGAGUUGUAGAGCUGCAGAAUGUAGUGGAUGCCAACAAAGAGCAGCGCAAGGUGUUCACCUACGAUGCUGCCUAUGAUGCGAGUGCCUCGCAAACGACUCUUUACCACGAGGUCGUGUUUCCUUUGGUCAGUUCCGUUCUGGAGGGAUUCAAUGGUUGCAUUUUCGCCUACGGACAGACGGGCACCGGCAAAACAUUCACCAUGGAGGGUGUGCGUGGAAAUGAUGAACUUAUGGGCAUCAUACCCCGAACCUUCGAACAGAUCUGGCUACACAUCAAUCGCACUGAAAAUUUUCAGUUUCUGGUGGAUGUAUCCUACCUAGAAAUCUACAUGGAGGAGCUGCGCGAUCUUCUGAAGCCAAAUUCCAAGCACUUGGAAGUUCGGGAGCGGGGAUCAGGCGUUUAUGUACCCAACCUGCAUGCCAUCAACUGCAAAAGUGUCGACGACAUGGUCAAAGUGAUGCAGGUGGGCAACAAGAACCGCACCGUGGGAUUCACCAAUAUGAAUGAGCAUAGUUCAAGAUCACAUGCAAUUUUUAUGAUCAAAAUCGAAAUGUGCGAUACAGAGACUAACACAAUUAAGGUGGGCAAACUGAAUCUUAUAGAUUUGGCAGGUAGCGAGAGGCAGUCAAAGACUGGAGCGUCAGCAGAACGCCUGAAGGAAGCCAGUAAAAUCAACCUGGCACUGUCCUCUUUGGGCAACGUUAUCUCCGCCUUGGCCGAGAGUUCGCCGCACGUUCCGUAUCGUGACUCCAAGUUGACCCGAUUGUUGCAGGAUUCGCUAGGCGGCAAUUCCAAGACUAUUAUGAUUGCCAACAUCGGACCUUCGAACUACAAUUACAAUGAAACGCUUACCACCUUACGCUACGCCUCUCGAGCCAAGUCCAUCCAGAACCAGCCAAUCAAGAAUGAGGAUCCGCAAGACGCUAAAUUGAAGGAGUACCAAGCGGAAAUAGAGCGAUUAAAACGUCUUAUUGCUCCACAACAGCAGCAACGCAGCGAGAAGCAGGUCACGGCCAAAAAGCAGCGCGUCAAGAAGCCCAAAAAAGAACCUGUGUCCAAGGAAUUGUCCGAUUCCCUCCAGGUUUCCACCAUUGAACAGCCGGUUGAAGAGGAAAGCGAUCCCGAGGGCACAGAAUCCGAGUCGGACAAGGAAAACGAGGCCGAGGUGGCCAAGUCAAACGAGGAACUGGAACGAGAGCGUGUGGAAAACUCAAAACUGGCGGCCAAACUUGCCGAACUAGAAGGUCAACUGGUGCGCGGUGGCAAAAACUUGCUAGACACAUACAGUGAACGACAAAUUGAACUAGAGAAGAAGUUGGUGGAGAUCGCGGAACGCAAGAAGCGCGAAAUCGAGAUCCAACAGCAAUUGGAACUGCAGGAGGAGACAACGCUGGAGAUUCGCGAACGGAACGUUUCACUCGAGCAAGAGGUCGAGCUUAAAAAGCGAAAGCUCUCCAAGUGCUAUGCAAAGUAUUUGGCGCUGCAGCAGGAACUCAACGACUGUAAGUCCGACCACAACCAGGACCUUAGAGAACUCGAGAUGGCUCAGAACGAGCUGGUCAAGGAGUUAAAGCGCCAGCUGCUAAUAAUUGACAACUUUGUGCCCAUCGAAGUAAAGCAGCGCCUUUACACGCAGGCCAAGUACGACGAGGAACAAGAGGAAUGGAAGUUUUCCUCGAUGUCGUUGCCCACACCACCUGGUGGAGAUGGAAAAUUUAGCAGCAAGCGACCGGUGUCACAUCCACAGCGCAGAAGGCCUACCUCCGAGUACGCUCUGCAGGAAGCCAAAUCGAAUGCACCGAGCUCCCUGCGUUUUAAGAGCGAGAACAUUGUGAACUACGAACUGGAAAUGCCGUGCCGCACUACACAGGAGUAUCGUACGCCCAAGGUGUCGGCCUCGCUUCAAGCGGUUCUCGCCCAAGCUAUGCAAACAGGUGGAGAUGAUAUCGACAUUGUGGACUCACACACAAAUUCACUGCGCAGCCGUCUAGAGAACAUAAUCAAUGCUAAUGCCAACGUAGGAGCUGGUCCUGGUGCUAGCACAGUCGUGGGUAGCUCCAUUCCCAAUGUCCGAAACAUUAAGUCGAGCCGAGGAUUGCCAAGUGCCGCCUCCAAUUUGGACUCCAACCGACGUCCGCCCACGGGCCGUUUACCGGCAAAGAAGCCGGCUUCGGCUUACCCCAAGGCACGCGGCCUGGUCAACAAAUAAUCACAAACGACUCGAAUCGAAUCGAAUUGCAUCUAAUAACCAUUUAUCAUGCAAGCACAACACUAACCAAAGUAUUUCAUAGUCAUCGCAAUAUGUACACCUCGAUAAUCCUAGCCGAAUCUAUUCACAUUUCGCGCUUUGUAAAAGUUUCCUUUUGGUUUGGGCCAACUUAAAGUAUUGGCAUAUUAACUAUUUAGACAUUUUCAGAACUGAACUAUUCGAUUCCAUUUUAGUAUAUGCCACAUGCUUUAAGAGACUUGGUUGUACCACCCCAUAUUUUCGUUAAUUUUUUUUACGUUUAUUUGUUACUCGACUCGAAUUAUUUGUUAUUGAUUUUUAUGUUUGUGCUCUGUUCAGUUGCCGAGUGCAUUUAUCUGACUUCUAUCGUGCAAUCUAAGCUUAAGUUAAACCCAACUGCUACAGUCUAUUAUUUACUUAGUAAAUGGUCUUUAGUUAAUAUUAUGAACCAAAUAAA